AUGGAUAACAAACCCACCGCAAGCGAAUUCUCCGGUCUUGCGGUGACACCUAUUGCCUCCCUUCUUCCCGACAUCGGUUCCCCCGGAGAGCGCUACCUCCACGCGGUGGUGAUUCUUCUUUGGCCCUUCUCAUCUGCUACCAAGCAAUUUCGCUUACUCCUUUCAGAACCGGAUCCCCGUUUACGCGGUGGAAAAGGCCAGAUAAAGGCGAUAUUUCGUGAUAGUGCCGCCGAAGCUGUUGCGAAGUCCAGUAUUGGAAUCGGAGAUACGAUCUAUCUAAGCUUACAAGGAGCUAAAUGGAAGAGCAGUAGCCAUGCCGACUCGGGACAAUUGGAAUAUUCACAAUGGGACUUACUAUUCGGCGAUAGAGUCCUUCUGGAGGCACAACGUAACUCUAUACCGUUGAGUAUAGUCAAUAUCAAAGUCGGCCAAUAUGAAGGAGCAAAUGAAGGGAUUACGGAGCUACCGGUCACACCAAAAAGGCUAUCCACUGGCUUUUCGAGCCCUAUAUCUACGAUAAAUCGAAGCUGGGCGUCGCCUGCUUUUUCCAGAGGAUCAAACACACUAUUCAGCUCGCCAUUACUCGAUGGCCAAGUGGAGGAAGAUGGAUAUAUACCGGGAAAGGGGAGAAAGAGAACAAGGUUCAGCCGGCCGAGCAGCGAGUGGGUGUUCGUGGAUUCUGCACCCAGCCCUACGAAAGACGGUGAUAUAUGGGACGAUGAGAAAUUAGAGGCAGAAAUCAAUAGCACAGAUCAGUCACCAGGGGAAGCUAUCGAAAACCGGCAGCCUUCGCCAUCUCUGCCCUCUGAAAACUUCCUACCUACCAGGGAGAGCAUAGAAGUCCAUGAAACUGAUACCCAAAAUUCAAUGGAAAUUCAAAAGUUCCAACCUGCUGUUAAUGCUGAAUUCCCGACUCCAGAGGUUUCGAAUCAUCUAGGCAUAACUCAAGCUAUAGAGCAUGGCACAUCCUUGCAGCCGGCCGCAAAAAACCCAGGUACUGUCCUGGAUAAGCAACCUUUACCUCUUGAUACUCUCAAUAUACAGACUCCUCUACUCCAUCCGACUACCUCUUCAGAUACUCCAGCUCUUCGCAAAUCUGGGGCGGUAGCUGGGACCUCAGGACACAAUUCCAUGGUACUUGUCGACUCCGUAGACCAAGAAUUUCCAUCCGACAAUGCUGGUGCGUGUCUACAGGAAACUGCGGAGACACACUUAUCUCCGGAGGACCACCACAAUGAGGCUUUUGAUCGCAAUACAGAGGCAGAGUUGCCCCAUGAUGCGUCCAAGAGAGAACAACAGGUGACUUCUGAUCAUGCUACAGAUCUACUAGCCGAUUCCCAUUCAUGCACUGGACAUUUGGAUAAUUCCGCUUCUACUGAUACUCGCAGUUCCCCAGAGAAUGUAACAGAAGAUGCGAUACCUCAACAUAAAAAUUUGGAGCUACUCUCCACCUACAGUGAUGCUUCGUCCAUGGUUUCGGUAGAUAGGGAAAGAGACACGACGAGACCCUCUCAAGAUGGACUUGGGGUAUAUAAGAGUAGCGGGAGCCCCGACAAUAGAUCUACUCCAGACGUCGAGCAUUCGGAGAAUUCUCCUUCGCCAGAAUCUUACAUUCAACACUCUGCCUUUUCAGAUAGCAAUGUUUCAAGUGAUAUCGGAAACAAUAACGUUUCGCCGGCCCAUCCAGCAACGGAAUCAAAUAAACAAGAGAUCUUCGUUAUAUCUGAUGAUGAAUCAGAAGUCCUUGACUCAGAAGGUGAAAGUACAGCUGAAGUACAGGCUAGCAAAAGCGUCAGUUCCUCUGCUUCCAGUGGCAGAGAAUCUUCCUCGCGUUCUCCAACACCCUCUAUUGAGAAACCCACAUUGAAUGAACGCGUGGAAGAUACUACCCACAAAGAUGUGUUGGAAUCCCAAAUUCCUAGCUCCACAGCCGAUACAAAAUCUGAGCAGCACUCCUCUUUUCCAACCUGGGAACAUGACAACAGUGCAGUGAACCAUGCGUUACAUCCGUAUAUGGGAGAUCAAGAAAUGUCUAUGUCAUUUCCGCCAAUUGCGGCUGAUAUUCCCCCUACAACUGAAUCUGAUUUCUCGCACCACGACCUUCGCCAUUACCUAUCUGGUGCAACGUGCCACCCCGGAGCUUCUCAUAUACCUACCGAACUUGCGAUUUCUGCAGACCAUCCGGGAAAUCUACAUGGAGAAGAACUAAUGUCACAUUUCCUAUCGCCACAGCCCACUGACUUCCGCACUCCUGAAAAUACCCAUGUCUCUUGGGCCCAUUUAGAUCCUAGUCUACGCAUCCCACAUUUCCCAGUCCGGAUGGACCCUAAUUUACCUGCGCCAGAACAUUCACAGUCCACGGAACACAUACAGCCUUCUAUUUCCGUUCUUGAUUGUCACGCUAGUAUUUCGAAUGACCCCCACUGUUACGUUCUUCCAGAGCACCCAAGAGCACCCCUGCCCGAUCCAGUGCAAGCUGAGGAGGCAAAGGGCACCCAGGUUCAAGUUCAGGUGACAGAAGUAAGCGAUAAUCGGUCUGACGAAGGCCCUGAAACUACGCAUCAGAUCCCUUCUGACGACCACAUUUCUAUUGAGCCCGCAAGUGAACCGACUACGAACCUAGAAAUUUCCGGACUACGCACCCGGCUUUCAUACUUUUGCCCACUUUCCCGCCUAGUCGAGAACUUUAACCAAUUAGUCGAUUGCAUUGCUAUAGUUGUUGAUAUCACCUCCGUUAGUCAUGCAGGCAAAGGCGCUAGAGACUAUCACAUCAGCCUUAAACUAACCGACAAAUCAUCUGGAGGAUCCACGACCACUGCACAAAUAUUCCACCGGGAAAAAGACGCACUCCCAGUUCCUGCAGAAGGAGACGCGAUUCUUUUACGGAAUUUCCGGGUUCAGAGUUUAAACCAUAUGAUGAUACUGAACAAUAUGGAAACAAGUGCAUGGGCAUUUUUUCCCCAGGACGGCGAGGUAGAUGCCCAAGUCGAUGGUACGCCAGUUGAAUUCGGCACUGAAGAACAAGACUUUGCUGCAAAUCUCAGCGAAUGGUACAAACAAGAGGGCGCUGAGUUAGUAGUAAGGAAUACCUCUCGCAAUAGCUAUCGCGAAAGCAUUAGUGUUAGUGUCAGUAGCAGGUCGGCUAGCGAGGCUGGUAGCCAUCUAAGGAAUGCUAUCAGAAAACGCCGACGGGAAUCACGAAUCACAUACCAUGAGUUACGAGACGGAAAGCGGUACGCAGACGUUGGAUCACCUUCAGACAAUGAGACCAUCCACGAACUCCGGAACGGGACUUUGUAUGCGCAUCCUAGCUAA